CGUCAUCUGGUCUGAUAAAUGAUAAUCUACUUCUUGUUCCUGUCCUCUUCUGCCUUUCCCAAUUGCCAGACAAAACAAAACGAAGCCCACCUUCUCUCUCUCUAGAUGUAAGUCGCUUUCGCUUUCGCUUUCGCUUUCGUUCCGCAUGCUUCAAUGGCCGAAGCCAAAGACGAGCAAGAGAAGAGGAGAAGGAAAGGGAAGAGCCUACUUGAAGAGUCUGAACUGAUUGGGUCUUCUUAUUCUUCCGAUGAAGGAGAGGAUGGGGUUGGAAGGAAGGGCAAGAAGUGGAAGCGAGAGUCGGCGAUUUCGAGUGUUCUGAGGGAAGUGGAUGCUCCGCCUCUGCUUCGGGACCCUCUGGCGGCGGUGGGGUUCGACAUCAUGACGAUGAUUCUCGCCCGCCUGGACGCACGCAGCGCGGCACGAUCACUCCUUGUUUCGCGCGGGUGGCACGGCGUUGCUUCCAGCGACAGGUUAUGGACUAGCAAGUGUGAAGAAUUAUGGCUUGGUAAAGCACACAUACCUCAUUCAUCUCAAGUCCGUGGGUUGUCAAAAUUAGCCGCUUACUCAUUAUCAGUAAUGGAUGGUAAAAGGAUGCGCAUCAUGAAAGAAGAUCUGUGGGAUCAUGCUUGGGAGUUUCACUUCAAUGAGAGCAACCGAUUCCUGAAUGAGUUCAUCUUUGUACCCUCAAUGGCGGCCCCAGAAUACUGGCGAAAUCUUGAUCCUUAUUGGAAAGGAACCGGCCCUCCCAUGCACCGCUACUUCCACCCAGAUGGCAGCCAAACCGCGGAUCCUGGCGAUGAGGUAUGGGGUGGUCACGAGUCCUGUUACUCCAUUGUGACUAGUUUUGAAGGCCAGGGAAAGAUCAGGGAACACUAUGUUAGGAUUAACCGUUGGCCCCGUAUGCAUGUGUCGAGGAAACCAGAUUGGAGCUGGGAAAUGUCGAAUAACUUGUACUGCUACGUCAGUGUUCCUGACGCUUACAAGAAAGGUGGAACCGGCCCGCUGUUCCCUUUUCCCUAAUUUCCUCUGCCAGUGGGUUCUGAUCUUUGGCAAGCAAAUGGAAAAUGUGUAGAAGAACGUAUGUUUUUGUGAAUACUUGGCGUCAUGUUCUUAUUAUAUGGUGGUGGUGUUAUGAUAUGGUAUUUUGUUUUAUAUCUUGUUCCUGGUGACCAGGAGAGUUGGUUCAUGUUACUAUCAAGUCAAAGAAUGCCUAAAUUAUAAGCAGAUGUAUUUACAUUUACAUGGUUCAUUUUCAUACGUAAUUUUGUUCUUCUUCC